CUCCCGUACAAGGCCUGCUCCAUUAGCUAACUAACCCGAUUCAAAACCGUAAAUAAAGCUUCUAAACGGAGUAAUGCAUUGGGAAAUAAAGGAAAUAACACAUGCAGUGUCUGUUGUCUCGCAUCUACAGUCAAGGCUCAAUGGCUUUAGUGUCUGCAGAUACCAAAAUUGCUGAGCUGCUGACUGAGCUCCAUCAACUAAUCAAACAAACCCAGGAGGAGCGCUCACGCAGUGAACACAACCUACUCAACAUCCAGAAAACACAUGAAAGGAUGCAGACAGAAAACAAAACUUCUCCAUACUAUCGGACAAAGCUGCGUGGACUAUACACCACUGCAAAAGCAGAUGCAGAGGCUGAAUGCAGUAUAUUGCGCCAUGCUCUUGACAAGAUUGCAGAAAUUAAAUCACUGCUGGAGGAGAGACGUAUUGCUGCAAGGAUGGCAGGGGUGUACAGCGACAGUGACCCACCCAGAAAGACCAUGCGCAGAGGUGUUCUGAUGACCCUGUUACAGCAAUCUGCAAUGACGCUUCCAUUAUGGAUCGGCAAACCGGGUGAAAGUCCACCCCCUCUGUGUGGAGCAACACCUGCAAGCAGUGACUACGUGGCUAAGCAGGGGGACAAGGUGGCAGCUCGGGUAAAGGCUGUGGAUGGUGAUGAACAGUGGAUCCUGGCUGAAGUGGUCAGCUACAACCACUCCACCAACAAGUAUGAAGUCGAUGACAUUGAUGAGGAAGGAAAGGAGAGACACACUUUAAGUCGAAGAAGAAUCAUCCCACUGCCACAGUGGAAAGCCAACCCAGAGACAGACCCUGAGGCACUGUUCAGCAAAGAUCAGCUGGUGCUGGCCCUCUACCCACAAACCACCUGCUUCUACAGAGCCCUGAUUCAUAACCCCCCACACCGGCCCCAGGAUGACUACUCGGUGCUGUUUGAGGACACAUCCUAUGCAGACGGAUAUUCACCACCUCUCAAUGUAGCCCAAAGAUACGUAGUGGCCUGCAAGGAGAACAAGAAAAAGUGAGCAAGAGGAUGGAAUGGAUGAAGAUCUGGACCUGAUUAAGUGGUCUUUAAGUAGGAGGACUGGUGUAGAAUCAGACUCCUGCUGCAUAUAAUCACUAUGUCACCAAAUGGAUCUGAGACCACGACACAAUCUGAAAUGACCAGCUCUGAUGAAAACAUACCUGGGAUGGCCGAAAUAUGUCUUUAUAUUUGUACAUCACUCUUGAAGUAUCGUUGGUGUGAACAGUGAAUUCGUAUAAUUUGGGAUCAUACGUGUAUUUUGUACAACAUUCCUGUCAGUGAGGGCCAAAUAAAACAACUACAGAUAUACAGUGUAACAAAAUAAAGGAGAAAAACUUU